GUUGGUGCCAUUGACUUUGGCUGGUGGUACAAGUGAGAAGUGGAAGCAAGGUAACAUCAUUGCUCCUAUUGUCAUUGGUUGUGUUUUGCUUCCAGUAUUCGCUGUGUGGGAAUACUUUGCCAAAGAUCCAAUUAUCCCAUUUUCAUUGAUGAAAGACCGUGGUAUUUGGUCGGCUGGUUUAAUCUCAUUCUUGUUUGAUUUCGUUUUUGCCGUUGAAUCUAACUUGUUAUACACAGUUUUGGUUGUUGCCGUUAACGAAACUCAGAAAUCGGCAACCAGAAUUACCAGUCUUGGGUCAUUUGCAUCAACACUUUGUGGUGGAAUCUUUGGGUUAUUCAUCGUCUACAUCCGCCGCUUGAAAGGUUUUGUCAUCUUUGGGUGUUCGUUGUGGAUGAUUGCAUUUGGUCUUAUGUACCACUACAGAUCAACAUUGAGUGCCCACGGAGGUAUUAUUGGUGGUCAAGUACUUAUGGGUGUUGGUACAGGAUUCUUUUCCUCCUCGCUUGCAGUCACUGCUCAAAGUUGUGUUAAUCACGAACAUAUGGCAGUUAUUACAUCCGCUGUUUACACUCUAUACAGAAUUGGUUCUGCUGUCGGUGCUUCCGUUGCUGGUGCCAUUUGGUCUCAAACUUUACUUAAGCGGUUGGAAAAAUACCUUGAUGCAACUACAGCUGUAAGUGUUUAUGGCAGUCCGUAUGUCUUUGCAGAAACCUAUGCUUGGAACACAUCCCAGAGACAAGGUGCCACAAAAGCUUAUGGUGAAGUUCAGAGAUUAUUGAUAAUCGUUGCUAUAUGUUUUGUUGCACCCAUGAUUAUUUGCGCAUUGUUCUUGAGAGACAGAAAGCUUACAAGAGAACAAACGAUUGACAAUGUUGAGGAAGAGAAUGCCAAAGACUCAUUGGGUAGUUUCAUCAAAGAUUUUAGUUUUAGAAAGAGCGAGAAGGCUUAG